CAUUAAAAAUUUAAUUCAAAAACUGUUUUAAUUAAUUAAUAAAUUAAUGUCGAAUAUGAGUGAAGAUAUAUUUGCCUUAACCUGUAUAUCAAAUCGUGAAGUUGUUGAUGAAAUUCGUAGCAAAUUUUUAACAGAAAUCAAUAAUAAUAAUGAUUUGUAUCAUGAAAUAGAUGUGGAAAGGGUUAUGACUGAGGACUGGCAGAUAGAGAGGUUUGUAUUGACCUAUAAGUCCAAAGACGAAGCUUUUGAAAAGUUAAUAAAAGCAUUGCAAUGGAAAAAGUCGUUUGGAGUUCACGAUAGAGAUCACACAUACUUUCCCAAAGAGUUGCUUCUCAUCGCUGGUUAUGAAAAGUUCAGCCGUGAUAGAGACGGACGGGUAGUCAAGUGGGGUAUUGGCAAACAUUACAAAAAAAUAUCCGAAUUUAAUACAUUGUUUCAACAAUUUUUUGUCUACACGUUUGAAUCGCUUGACAGGGCGUCUGGCAAUAAGGGGUUUGUUAGUGUCAAUGGUAAUGAGGGCACUGGGCUUAGCAACACUGAUAUGACCAUGGUCCAUUUUGUACUUGAAAUCAUCAAAUACUAUCCAUUGAUAAUGAAUAAGACUAUCAAUGUAGACAUGCCGUGGAUUUUGAAUGGAUUGUAUAAAAUUGUCAAGAAUUUAAUGCCUAAAAGUUUUCAGGACAGUAUGAUUAUCAUAAAAAGGGAACAAUUGACUCAUUAUUUGGAUGUCCACGAGAUUCCCAUCACAUUUGGUGGCAAACGUGAUACGUGUUAUGAUUUAAUUGAUAAAAUGCAAUCACUAAGAGAUUUGAAACACUUGGUUGUUCCAUGA